AUGGUCACAAAUGGCAUGCGCGAAUCCGUUGACCUGAAGACUCACUUGAAGGAGAUCGAGCUGGAAGUCUUCACGCUAUUUCUCGAGUAUGCCUACAAGGGAGUCUAUCGAGCGCCUAUAAGAUCGCCAAAAUCUAGUCCAUCUCAAGUCGCUGGGCAGGGGCCGCAAGUCGACACGCCUAAAGCUCUUACGAAGGUGCAGAAGCACUGCAUCCAGUGUGGUUCACGUGAUUUUGGUUCCGGGCCCCGCAGAUGCAGCAUAUUGAAUUGCAUUACUUACGGCGGUCGCAAGUCAGUUGGACCGUACUGCGGCUUUUGUGGGAGAUACAACCAUACUGGGUAUUCGCUAAAAGCUUGUUCAUGCACGGGCAAAAGCGGCAGUGAGCCCAAUGCCAAGGAUUCUGGAUUCAGCAGCCUCGUCUAUGCUCUCGAAACCAAAUCCCAUGCGGAGGCGCGCACAUAUCUCGAGAAUCUUGACCCCCCAGUCCGUCCCACGAACGCCAUACGCUGCCACGCGAAGCUGUACGUGUUUGCUCAGCAAUGGAUGAUCGAGCCCUUGAAGAAGCUAUGCCUCCACAAGCUGCACAGGGAUCUUCAAUCUCUUGCUCCGGCUGACAACUUUAUCGAGAUCAUUCGCCUACUUUCGUACACCUACGAAAAUACAUCUACCGUUAUCGACAAAGAGCUGAGAGAACUCGUCAGUGCUUAUGCUAUGUGGAAGGCCAAGGUUUUGGUCAAACUGGACGAUUUCAAGGCGUUCUUGCGGACGGGUGGCGAAGUGGUCGAGGAUCUAACGUGCCAACUUGCUGAGGCAUCCGGUUCUUGA